AUGAAGGGCACGUCUGUUGCUUCUCUUGUGCUGUUAGCCCUGGUGGCAACCUGCAAUUUGGACUGCGGCGUUGAAGGGCUGGAGGGAGGAGAUGCAGCAAUCAGAAUUACCGUGCGUACAAGGAAUAUUGGGGAUGGGAGUGAACUGGGCCUUGAAGUACAGAUCAGCACAGAUUCACAACCCAGAGCAAAUGUGCCGUGCAAAUAUAAAUGUACCAAAUUUUCAAAAAGAAUACCCCAGGCACUGCUGAAGUCCUACGAGAAGACAGAACCAUCAUGUCCUAAAGCUGCUGUCAUAUUUGUGACGCAGAAGUCUAAGGAGUUCUGUGCAGAUCCAGAGGAGAGCUGGGUGCAGGAAGCAGUCCGAUGGCUAGACCAGACAAGUGCCCCUCAGGAUCCACCCCCCUCAAGCACGGUCUCUUCUGCAGCUGUGCCAGAAGACAUAGGCGAUUUAGAGAGACUCAUUGGUGGCACUGCCUCUGUCCCAAGACAGGCCGGUGUUUUAACCAGUCCUAUUCCUGGGGCUGGCACAACAGUCUCCCAAGCAGUACAUGGUUCUGGUGUGAGGACAGAGGAGCCCAACACCUCCACAUUGACUGUGCAAGAGGCCAUGAGAUCCUCUGCCACACCCUGCUCAGCAUUAAACGGGACGGGUCCUCCAUCUACUAUCUAUACUGAGCCUACUGCCAAUGGCAGCAAGGGUUCCAUGAGAUCUGUAGACUCUGCAAACAAGUCCACAGAUUCUGCCAUGAGUCCAGCUACUGAGGUAUCUGCCACCGUCCCCAGUAGAUUCAUUGCAGAUCCCACCACUGCCGUCAAACUACCUGAGAGUCCCACAGGACCGACAUACAAAUCUGUAAGCUCUAGUAGAAAUUAAACAGCUGAUGUACUUCCCAGUGCUCCUAGUGCGUUUACUGUAGAUGCUACAGCCAUUGUAAAUGGCACGGAGAUUGCGGAGUUAUCCCCUGCAUUCCUGACAACAACGGCUCCACUAGAAUCGGUUCCCAGCAAGCCUGCUAUAGGCCUUGAAUCUCUGGGACAGGCCAGUGAGAACUCUACCAGGAAACCCACAACUGUUCUGAAAGGUACUGCUGAUGCCACCAGAGGUUCCACUGCCCAACCCACACCUCCUGGAGGGGACACGGGUUCUGUCAGCCACAGGAGUGGUGAUGAAAGAGACACUGUUCAUGAGUCUAUGGCUGGAGCCAGCCCAGCUAACUACUUAUCUACUGUAGGCAGGGAAGGUCCUCCUUAUUCUUCUCCUGAAUCCAUUUCACCCCCAGGAACUCCGGUCUUUUCCUUCACAAGAUUCCUACAUCAGAACAGAGCACAAGGGGCUUCAGCAUCACCAGAUGUUCUCAUGGAGUCUACACCCAGCUUUUUGUCUGCAUCCCGGACCCACGCCCUUAGACUGGGGCAGAGAGAGAGGAUUCCAUGGCCAUUGUGAGCAAGGGAGACACGCCCAGACAGCCCUUUGUCUUUGUGAGGCCAGAGGCUUCGGGUUUUGAAUCCACCCAAGGGGGAAGGGCAGAUCUUGCUUUGGCAAAAGAGACUUACAGUUCAAACCUGAAGGGUGGAGGCAAAGAUGUGGUAGGAGAGAAAGUACUGUCAACGUACACUGGAUAUCGAUUUGUUCCUAUUACUGAUGUUAACUCUUGUAAACAAAGUGCUGCUGUAACACACAACUGUAAAAAUGAACAAUGUGCAUACUGUUUUGAAAAAAACUAUUGAAUCUGUCAAGAAAUGUACCAGAUGACAGACUGUAUGUUAAAGGAGCUUGGGAAGUUGCUAUUUCAUGGUUAAUACCUGUAACUGAUCUUGGAACUUCUUACAUGUCAAAGGAGAUUCCAGCCAUAAUGUGCUAUGUGAAAGGGGAAACUGAGGCACACCACCAUUUUGUUUUCAUGGGUAAGGACCAAGAUACCUAUACUAUGAGGGGUGAGAAUACCUUCAUUAAUACAAUGUUAAUUGGAGUUCAGAGAGUUGCCCGAGCUGGCCUGUAUAAAUUUACUAUUUUCUUCAUCUCCAGGCAAGAUCGCAUGACACAUGUGGGAAUCAUACUGCAAAAGUAGAUCCAGUUGGCUAUGAUUCUUACCAGAUUUUCCCUUGGGUUUAUAAAACCAGGCAAGGUCGUUAUGACAAACUUUGCAAUCAUGAAGCCUAUUUUCAGCAAAUUGGGUUUUCAUAUACUUGUCCAGUUCUGUACUAUUGUUUCUAACAUUGGAUUAGGACAGGUGAUGACACAGAGUCAAAACAUGGGGAGUCCUAUGAUGCCCUCAGUGAUGUUACUGCCAUCACUUCCUGCAUCAGUUUUGCAUUGGGGGUGUCACAUUAUCAGAUUCUAAAGAUCACUGUUGUACCCAUAAGGGUAGGGGGGAGGUUUGCCCUAAAAGUCUAUACAAA